CAUCUAGGGGCAGUCCACUGACUCGCACCAGCUGUUGAGGCAGCACACGAAUGCUCCGAGUCCCACUCCUACUCGAGUGUGUGAGCGUGUUUGUGUGUGUGUGUGUGUGUGUGUGAGUGCUUGUGCCAUUGUAAAAGCACAGCACAGCUCUGCCAGUCCUGUCUGCAUUUGGACAGCAGAAGACAGGACAAGCAGACAAGAGGAGAAGAAGAUGCCAGCCAUUUUGGUCACCCCUAAGAUGAAGUCAGGAUUGCCCAAGCCUGUGCACAGCGCUCUGCCCAUUCCUCAGCCUCACAUUCAGACACGGAUGACUCAGAGCAGCGGUGCGAAGCUCACACACCACUCCAGUCUGAGGAAAAGCAGCCAGAGCACCGGCGCACCACAGAGAAAGAGCCACACGACCAACGAAACGUCUACAGAUCCACAGAUUUACACAGACUGGGCAAACCACUACCUGGCAAAGUCAGGUCAUAAGCGUUUGAUCAGAGACCUACAGCAGGACGUAGCGGACGGAGUACUUCUGGCUGAGAUCAUCCAGGUUGUAGCUAACGAGAAGAUUGCUGACAUAAACGGCUACCCUGAAAGCCGCUCUCAAAUGAUUGAGAACAUAGAUGCCUGUCUUGGCUUUUUGGCAGCUAAAGGAGUGAAUAUAAAGGGACUCUGUGCUGAAGAGAUCCUCAGUGGCAAUCUGAAAGCCAUCCUAGGCCUAUUUUUCAGCCUAUCACGCUACAAACAACAGCAGCAACAUGCAUCACUGAAGCAGGCGAACAACGAGACCCACAUCCUCCAGACUGCCCGUGUCCGGAGUGCCAGUCCUGCCCAGACACACUCCCCUUGGUGCACUCCCCAUGCACCCCCCUGCCCGGGCCACAUCCAUGAGCACGAGCAGCACAACACCACUGCAUCUGUGCUCAAGACUCAAGAAGACAUGCAGUCCAGAGGCUCAUCUCCGAGUAAAUCUCGCAAGCUGUGUGUCGCUCCAAAAAAGUCCAAUAGACUUCCAGCUCCAUCGAUACAGCCGAGGAGAUCCAGCAGCAGACGCAGCCAGAGCUUCAUACAUCGUGACGAGUCUAAAACCCCGACGUUAACCUGCUCGCAGCGCACAGAUAAAUCAAGUCCAUCUCCUGUAAUGGUUGACCAAGGGCCUCCCAGUUCUCCUGUUCUUCCAUCUAGCAGCACCACUGGCACCACCAGCACCAAAGGAUGGAGGAGUAAGUCUCUCAAUGCCAAGCACAGUGCUACCUCCUCUAGUCUGUCCAUCAAACAACCCUCCUCAGCUUCCCUGGAGGUUCCUCCCAAAGUAAUCGCCCAAAAGUCCAUGCUAGACAAGCUGAAGCUCUUUAACAGCAGACCGUCUUCUCGAACAUCCAGCAUUGCAUCUCUAGAUGACCCUGAAGCUUCAAAUCCAGAUCUGAAUGAAGCAAACAUUUGUCCUGUCCAUCCUGAAGCCCAUCUGGGCAACCAGCAACCUCUGAUGGCAAGUAACUCCAGUCCUAAGCUGGCUCUGAAAGGUAUUGCACAGAGGACGUUGGGUAGGACUUUGGUGCCCAAAAUCAAGGCUGCUGAGAAGGACAAAGACAAAGUAAAGACAAACAGUAAAGACAAAACAACAAAACGGUCUUCUGGCAUUGAGCAAGACCUGAUUAUUGAAGAACGAGAAGAAAACAGGGCUGAACCUCCAACACUGGCUGAUGGUAAAAAAUCCAGUUUGAUUCCCAAAGGAACCAAGAGCCAUAGCAACGCUAAGAAAGAUGGGUCAUCACAGAGUGGUAUACCCAAACCGGGGCAAACCACUAAGGCCUCAGGGGUGGUAAAGAACUCAGCUGCACUCCCUGGUGGAAAAGUGGAGCAUUCUCGUGGUUUCAGAGCUGGAGGUGCUGCAUUGGUGCAUAAAUGUCCGAUAGAGAACAAGAACUCUAAUUCUGCUUCUAGUUUGGUGUUGACAGAAGGACGAUGCAGUCAGAACAGCUCAAGUAGUAUCACUCAGGCCAGCAAUACAAACAACAUUCAGCUUCCUCAAACACAGCACAGCCAUCCCAACACGGCUACAGUCGCCCCCUUCAUGUACAGGUCUCAGACAGACGUGGAUAAGACCGGCGUGACUGAAGAAGGAGAAGGGAAGAAGGAGAGAUCAGUCCUUCACAGCAAAUCCAUCCACACGUCUCUGGAAAGCCUGAGAGGCGAGGAUUCGGAGAGCAGGAGACUGAGGACAGUGAAGAAUAUCGCCGAUUUGAGACAAAACCUGGAGGAAACUAUGUCCAGCCUGAGACACGUCACUCAUAUCAGUCACAGCACCCUGCAGACGACUUUUGAUGCCUGCAUAACCACAGAGAUCAACACGAGGGGCUCGCUCGCCCUCACUCCCCGCCCUGUCUCGGCCUCUCCAUGGCGACCUGGUACAUCUGGUCCACGUCUUCAGGCAGGCGACGCCCCCUCGUUAACUAGUGGUUACAGCUCCAACAAGGCGGAGAUGUUGGAGGGAAUGACAACAGACAGCGCUGGUUACGUGAGCGAUGGAGACAUCCUGGGAAAGAGUGUGAGGAUGGACAGCGCCACCAGCGGCUACAUGACAGACGGAGGGCUGAAUGCGUACACACGUCGGACACACAAACACUCCUCCACGCUCCUCCACUGCGAGAGCCACACUGACAUUGACAGCUGGGACGACAGCAGUUCAGUCAGCAGUGGGAUCAGCGACGCUCUAGACACAGAUGAACUCAACACCAGUUCGUCUCUCAGCUCCUACGUCAACACUCCAUCUGCUCCACGCAGGGACCUAGAAGAGCAGCUCCAGACAGACGCCGAGAAGCGUUCUGCCAUUGGAUGCAGCUCCACCUGGAACGACGACCUCAGGCGCCCAGACGGCUGCUCAGACCCAGGCAUUGAGAUGGAGACCAGCGCAAAGUGGUGCAACCCAUCUGAUUUCUCAGACGAAUCAGAGCGCAGUUUAACUGGGCGCAAACCGCACACCAUAUCUCAAACAGGUUCUUGGAGGCGCGGCAUGAGCGCCCAGCUGGGCAUCACCUGUCCAAGGACUAAGACUCCGACUCCAGUGAACUGCAGCCCACUGAAAAUCCACAGUAAUGGCAAAACAGACGAUGCCAAAGUGUCAGAGAAAAGUCGUUUCUCACCACAGAUACCUACAUAUGAAAGCAAGAAGCUGCCCUCAAGCUCCGGCUCCCACACACCCACCAACACAUUCGGCUUCAAGAAAACCUCCAGUGCAGCAACAAUAACUGCCAGCGGUGCAGUACUAACAAGUGGCUCUGCCACUCUGGGGAAGAUCCCUAAGUCCAUAGGCUUUGGCUCAUCGCGUCUAGUGAGUAAGCAAACUAGUGUCGAUGACGGGUACCUUCCGCCGAGUACUCGAACCACCCUCCAAUACCGGAGUCUGCCUCGGCCUAGUCGUUCCAACAGCAGUACAGGCACUACCCGUGGUACCGGUCGCUCCAUCGAUGCUAGCCCCAUUAGCAAAGGCACAGCCACUCUACCCAACCCAAAGAGCCGCAGCCUGGCCAGGUCCAGUGCCAACCAGACAGACCGGGAGAAGGGAGUGUUCUCGGACACGGACAGCCUAGCUUUGGGACCACUAAAUAAAGCCAGUGGUGGUGCUCAAUGCCUGCCAGGUAGACAGGCAGGAGGGAAGAGCUCAGAUACAUCAUCCCCUACCUUGCGCAGACUCUUUGGGAGUAAACCAGGCACCAAGCCGACCGCCAUCACCACCUCUGAGAACAUGAAGAACUCCACCAUAAUCUCCAACCCACACACAACUUCCAUCCAGACCUGCACUCUUGAGGCACCACCAGUCAGUAGCGGAAGCACACGUGGUCUCCUGCAUGGUGAAAAUCUACCAAUUAUGCAGAACUCAACAAGCAGUGAUAGCAUGAAGGCGUCUCUGGGCAGAGAGGAGACGCUUAUGACAUGCUCUGACCGCACUGGCACCAUCCGGACUGGCCAAUCGGACAGGUAUGCUCACCUGCCACAAGGGCGGGGCACAGAAGACUCACGUGAUUGGCUGAACUGUCAUCCCAAUGGUGGAAUUCAGGACUCACCAGGCUCCUCCCCCUUUUCACCUGCCUCCACCCUCAGCUCACCUUCAGCAACACGCUUCAACUUCACUACCAUUGGCAGUCCCACCAUAGCUGCGCAGAUAAACCUGGCAACCCAGCGGCCCUCAGGCAACUCUGCCAAUCAGGACGGGCCACAAGAGCAGCACGGCGACUCUCGUCUACGCAAUGCCACACUCACUCUGGUGGAGAAAAACCGCACCAUGAGCGGCUCCGGAUCUUUCCGUGAGGUGCUGGAGGAAGUGCAUGGCUCUUCUCUGUCUCUGGUGUCCAACACGUCUUCUGUCUACUCCACGCCUGAAGAGAAGUCUCAGUCAGAGAUCCGAAAGCUCAGGAGAGAGCUGGAAGCGUCUCAGGAGAAGGUGUCAACACUCACCACACAGCUAAGUGCCAACGCUCACCUGGUGGCGGCGUUUGAGCAGAGCUUGGGCAACAUGACAAUCAGAUUGCAGAGCCUAACCACGACAGCAGAACAGAAGGACACAGAGCUGAAUGAAAUGAGGAAGACCAUCGAGCUGUUGAAGAAGCAGAACACAGUCGCUCAGGCUGCCAUCAGCGGAAUCAUUAACACACCAGAGACCCCGAACAAAGAUUCCUCCAUUGGUUCUCCUCUGUCAGCAGCAGCAGCAGAUCAGCAGAUCCAGCGCCAGCCCUCCUCUGACAGCGUGUCGAGCCUCACCAGUCACUCCAGCCUGGAGCUCGACGCCAACAGCAAGAAGAAGAGGAAGAACUGGCUAAGGAGCUCCUUCAAACAGGCAUUCGGCAAGAAAAAGGCACCAAAGUCGGCCUCGUCUCAUUCAGACGUUGAGGAGAUGGAUGAGUCCUCUGUGCCUUCAUCACCCAGACUUCCGUAUAGCUGCCACUCCACUGGGACAUCACUGAUCCGACACUCACACUCCAACUCACUCCCUCUCCUUUCAUCGCUCUCCAUUUAUGGAAAUGGUUGGGGCUGUAACAGUGCUCCCAUCAGGACCAGCUCUCUGGCACGGAUCUCGGAGUGUACAGACUGUGAGACGGAGACGGUCAUGCAGUUGCGCAGUGAGCUGCGUGAUAAGGAGAUGAAGUUGACUGACAUCAGAUUGGAGGCUCUAAGCUCCGCCCAUCAGCUGGACCAGCUCCGAGAGUCCAUGAACCGCAUGCAGGUGGAGAUGGAGAAGCUGAAAGUGGAGAAUGAGCGUCUGAGAACAGCCAGUAGGGGGAGCUGCAGCACAACCACAUCACAGGCAUCUGUGUGUCCCUCGGGCCUCGGCCUGUCCACUCAGUCAAGCCUCACUGAGUCCACCAGCCUAGACAUGCUGCUGGAGGACAGUGGAGAUGGCGGCUCUCGUAAAGAGGGACACCAUGUUAAGGUGGUAGUGAGUCUGGACAGAGGCCCGGAGUGGAAAGAGGAGUUCAGGCAGCACGACUUCCUGAUUGGCUGCAUCGGCGUCAGCAGUAAAACCAAAUGGGAGGUUCUGGAUGGUGUCGUCCGGCGCCUCUUCAAGGAGUACAUUAUCCAUGUAGACCCAGUCUCACAGCUGGGCCUGAACACAGACAGUGUGCUCAGCUACGGUAUCGGAGACGUUCAGCGCACCAGCGAAGCCGACACACCAGAGCUGCUGCCUUGUGGCUACCUGGUGGGAGACAGUGACACCAUCUCCGUCAGGCUGAAAGGUGUUGAGCAGCACAGUGAGGAUGCGUUGGUGUUUGAGACGCUCAUCCCGAAGCCCAUCCUGCAGCGCUACGUUUCUCAGCUCCAGGAGCACCGGCUCAUCGUUCUGUCUGGACCAUCAGGCACCGGGAAGAGCUUCCUGGCCGCGAGGUUGGCUGAGCAUGUGGUGCUGAUGGAGGGAUACUUGCUGAACAAACAGUUCAUCACGACUUUCAAUGUGGAUAACAAGUCUAGCAAGGAGCUGAAGCAGUACCUGUCUAACCUGACUGAGCAGUGCAGCAGCAGCAGCAGCACACGGGCCGUGGGUGUGCCUCAAGUCGUCAUCGUAGAAAACCUGCAUCAUGUCGGCUCUCUGAGCGAGAUCUUCAACGGCUUUCUGAACUGCAAACACCACUGCUGCCCCUAUAUAAUCGGCACUAUGAACCAAACGUCAUCAUCCACGUCCGCCCCGAAUCUGCAACUUCACCAUAAUUUCAGAUGGCUGCUUUGUGCUAAUCACACUGAACCAGUGAAGGGCUUCUUGGGUCGUUUUCUGAGGCGGAAGCUUCUGGAAACUGAGAUGAACAGUCGCGUGCGUAACGCCUACUUGGUGAAGAUCACCGAGUGGAUCCCAUGCGUCUGGCAGCAUCUCAACCGCUUCCUGGAGACACACAGCUCCUCUGAUGUCACCAUCGGACCACGCCUCUUCCUGUCCUGUCCCAUGGAUGUCGAGGGUUCUCAGGUUUGGUUUACAGACCUGUGGAACUACUCCAUCAUUCCCUACAUGCUAGAGGCAGUCCGUGAGGGUCUGCAGCUGUAUGGCAGAAAGGCAUCAUGGGAGGACCCGUCUCUCUGGGUGAUAGAGACGUACCCGUGGCCACCCGGGCUCCACCAGCUCCAGUGUCCUGCUCUGCUCCAGCUGCGGCGUGAGGACGUGGGCUUUGACGGCUUCCCCAGAGAACCCGGCACACAGGGCACAGAGAUCACGUCGGAGGGGGCAGAACGUGACCCGCUGAUGAAUAUGCUAAUGAGGCUAAAGGAGGCGGCUCACUGCAGCGGCCCACCGAGCGACGACAGCGACUCCCAGCAGCAGCAGUGACGGCGAGGACGUCCAGGAUCCACUGCUGGACUCUACACUGUGAACAGCACAGCAAUAUGUCUUAGUCUUCCAUGAAGAGAAGAGUUUACUGUCAGUAACAGCAUAUAGAACAGGACAAUCUGUGUAGGAAACAUAUGACUCACAAAAAAAUAGGUCUGGAUUGAUUUAGAAGCAUCGGGCAGUUUGCUAAUCUCACUGUGGACUAAACACUUCAGCACAUGAGUCGUUGCUACUAAAGUUAGCCGUUGUUUUAAACACGUCCAUGUUGACUUUCCAUAACAAAUCAGAAUUGCUCAAUACCAUGACCUUCGUGAUCACUCGCAGCACAAAGAUAGUAUAACAGAAACCCUUAAUAUCGAUUUCUGUAGCAAUUUGCACACCCUGUUUCCUGUCAACUAUAUUUACACAAAGUGCCAUAAAGCUGCCCUGCCUUUAUAACUAGCCAUCAUGCUAGCUUGAAAUUUAGCCAGCACAAUAAUGCUGCGUUCGACUUACCUCAUAAGUGGAAUUACGCCAUUUUCAACCUCAGUGUUUCAACAUAUGAAGUGAAAGAAAAACAUAGACACUUCUAGGUUCGUCUUUUGUUAGCAACAAACUAGCCAGUUAACUGUAAUGAUUGAUGUAUAUUUUCCUCCUUAAAACUGCAUACUAUUGUUUUAGAUUUAACGAGCGUAUAUGUCUUUAUGUUGAUGAUCUUUGGGUGUUUUCUUUUGCAUUUCCUGGUUGGAGGUUGGGAAUUACUAGUUGCGACCUCUAGUCGAACGCAGCAAAAAUAUAAGGUGUGAUGUCGUGUAUAAAUGGAGGAGCAGGCUUUAAAAAAAAAUUAUUAUAAUAAUUUUGAAUAUUUAAAGUCACCUUAAAGUUUUAAAUCAUUGUUUAAUAAUUAAAACCUUUCUGGGGAAUUCAUUUGAGUGCACAGAUUAGUCAAACUGCAAAAACUGCCACUGCAGCAGUUUUACCAAAUGUCUUACAGAAUAUGUGAAAGUGAGGUGUUAUUGCAUCAUUAAUGAUAAGAGCCAAAUUGUUCAAAUUGCAUAUUCAUUGAAUUUUGAUUUGCAUAUUCAUAGAUUUCGCAGUGAGUUUAGGGCAUUUUCUACCAUAUCAGUUUUUUUAAUGCUCUUCAGAAGAUUUUUUGGUUGACUUAUGUAUUUAAUUUUUAUAAGAUCUAUUCACUUUUUUCAGUUUUGAAAAGAAACUAAUACAUCAGAGAAGUAUACAGCAAUACUGAGUUGAUCUAACAAAUUUCACUGAUGGGAAUCUCACACAGAAAUGUUAACGUAAAAAAUCGACAGAGGGUGUGUUCAAAAACGUAUUGAAGUUUGAGGUUUAGUACUUUGUGCAGUUGCGCACUAGGUGCCGCCAUAACCGUGUUUCUUUCUCGGUGCAGUUUCUCAGGACUUCUUUGCACUGCAGUCUCUCACUAUUUUCAGCCUCUCACUGUUUUCCAGAAAUGCAUUUCAUAACAUCACAGUGCAGAUUUAAGGCCAUUUUUCACUCCGUGUUUAGACUCAACUAAUUUUUUACAUGCGCAAUCAAGGAAACUAUCAUAUAGACUCUUCUAUGAGCUUCCGUGCACAAUAUGGAACAUCGUAUGUGGUGCUAAUGUUUCCUAAUGCCUUACUACUUUUGUAUCUACAGUAGGAAUCUUAAAUGCUGGAAAUGUUUACACCAGAAUACCACGGUGUUAGCAACAUUAAGUGGUAUGUCUGAGUGCGACACGUUUGUAAUCAAAGCCAAUAAGAGUAAUAUGAGUUCAUUGAACAUGAGGUAAUCAGAAUAGCUUUGUGUUUACAUGACGAGUGAGGAAGUACAAUAGAAGGUGCUAUGUUAUACCUCUCUAAACAGGGUGUUGGUAUUUUAAUGCUGGAAUACCUUACAUCAUUAAUGCUUCUAGUAGAGUGGUAAAUUUCAAACAAUUUCUUCAUAUUAUGGUGCUUUAAAGGUGCAGUUGGUAAUUUUAGAUCUGUCUUCUGACUGUGAUUUGCAAUUUCAAUUCCAAUAUUUACAAAUCUUCUCCUCCACCCUCAGCAAAGCUCACUCGUUUUGUGAAAACUUAAUAUACCUUGCGUGAUGCGUACGUCGAACAGUUCUAGAGCCAUUUUCUGGGCCGGAAAAAUAUAAACAGAAGCUCAAAAAUUAAGAAAACACCCAGUUCAAUAUCAGUAUCAAUACUGCAGAUGACUAUUUUUCAGAGGUUCCAUAGAAAUUAUAUGAUUAUUACAGGUCUAGAAGCACUUUGAAAAAUUACAAACUGCUCCUUUAAUCUCAACUAAUUCUCUGAGACAGUGAUAACUGCCUGUUUUACGAGAGUUUCCUUUGUUUGAAUGGAGAGUGUGAUUGUGUGAAUUGAUUAUGUGAAUUGCCAAGAGAGGAGAAAAAAGACUUCUUGUUUUAAGUCUCCAUACACAGAAGCACUUUGAAGACACACAUACAUACACACACACACACACACACACAGACUUUGGCACUCUUUUGCCCAAUCUAAAGUCCUCUGAGCCAGAGUGAUUUGUUUUCUCCAGAGCCGAGUGCUGGCGUGUCUAGUGGCCCGAUCCGGAGAAUUAUCCCGCCGUCCACUUUCACGCAGUUUCAAAGGAGCACUCUGCACUGCUUUUGUUUAGACGUCUGCACUUUGUUCGCUCGAGAAAUGAAGUUUUUCGAGCUUUCAUGCGACGCACGACGUCGGACUUGUGAUGCUGAGCUUUUCUCAACGGACCUUUUGAUUAAAGAGACACUAUGCAAUUUUUCUGUCAUAGUUGUGGUUUCUCAUACUGACACAUUGUUUAGCACACCAUUUUGUUAAUAAUUCUUUUUCAAACACAUUUUUUUUUGUUUUUGUUUUUUUUUUUUAUAAAUGUUCAGAUAGUAAAUGGAAGAGGAAAGAAACAACAUGAUUCGCAAAAGUCUGUGAAAUAUCCUGAACGUUAUAAUGCCAUAAUUUUCUUUUUGUAUACUUUCACUUGUACAAUAUGUGUGUAAAUUUUAAACCUUGUUUGAGAAAUUCAAGAUGUUGUCUAACAAUUCUUUAAAGUAAAUAGAGUAAAUGAUGUACAGUUGUCUUUUCUACUGCCUUGUACAGCUUGUUCAGUUUUAUUUUUUCAACAGAUUGUUGGUCCUUGGAGAAUAAAGGUGAUGAUUCUCUCA